AUGGAAUUGAGAAGAGCUGGCUGGAAAGACUGCGUGGGCCACGGCAUCUGUAUCUGUUCUAACAGGCUACUCACUCAUGAUGUUGAUGAGAAUGAACCUAACAGGCCUACUGCCGGUCCGCCGCGCCCUUGCGAGGCACACGCAGGUUUCAAUAUGCACAAGAACUACCCGCGCCGCAUCCAAGAUUCUAGCAAGAUCGAUGUUCCUAACCCCAAGUCCAUCAUCGAUAAGGCUAUUCCAAAGACUGACGAGCUUGCCGAACUUGAUACCAUUGAGACCAUCAAGAAGGCCAGCCAGAUUGGCGAAAAGCAAAAGGGAACUAGGACACAUGAACUGGUCUUCAGUAUUCUCAGUAUCGCCUUCACAGUCACUCCCUUCGCCGAGUCAGCGGCGUCAGCUCUUGGUGGCGCAGCGAUGAUUUCCCGGGCGGCACUGAUAAUCGGUGAGGCUGGUAGCUCUGCCCUUAGCAUCGUCGACAUCGUGAUGAAGGUCGAGGGGCCCAGGAAGACAUUCAAGGAUGCCGCCGAUGCUCGAUGGGCUCUGAAGGGCAACAAGCUUGAAGCCUUUUCCCCAGAGUUCCGGAGCAAGGACGAGAUUGUACAGAGUCUUCUGAAGAAGAGCGAGUCAUGCUCUAUCGCUAAAACAUGUUUGCUAAGUAAGCGUGAUUGUAAAUGUCCACCAAGUAUGUAG